UAAGAAGUGGGAAAAAGUGUUUGUUUUUUUUUGGUUCUUUAAGGCCUAGUGUUCUUCCUCACUGUUAUUUAGACACUCAAUUUUAGAACCCGCGAAAAUCCAUGCCACUCUUCGAAUCAAAACCAGAAGCAAUUACAAUAGGAGCAAAACGCCCAUGAAUCGGAUCCAAGCUACAAACGAGCUCUCUUUCCGUGUCGGGUUUUCCGGUUAUAGUGGCCAUCUCAGAGUGGAGCCUCUCUCCACCGUAGAAGGCCGCACCGACCCUGUCAAGUCACUUCCCGAUUUUAUCCUUCCUCCUGCCUUUCCUAGGGAGACACGUGAAUCAAUAAAGGAGUACAUAGAAGAGGAAUAUCUUUUGCCGAGAUUAGACUCUGAUGUGUUUUCGCCUGAAAAUGCUGGAAGGCAGUGGGAUUUUGAUUGGUUUGAGAAGGCAAAUGUGCUGCUCAACCCCUCAUUGCCACGUGCUGUUGUUGUUCCAACAUGGGAGUCACCAUUUAGACGACAAAAGUCAACAUCUGAACAAGGAAUUUGGGAGCCAAAAUCAGUACAGAUGGACGUGUCAGAAUUAAUAGCUCAAGAUUCCAGUUCUUUACCACGCAUUGCUGGACCUGCAAAGGAUUUUGUCAGAGGAAGCAUCAAUAACCGUCCUUUUCGUCCAGGAGGUUUGGAUGAUUCUCAAUCAUUAGAGAAAAUUCUUCCUGCUGGCGCCGCAAAUGGUGAAUGGUUACGUGAAGUGCUGAAUGGCGGGCCAGUUCAAUCCAUUCCUCCGAGCCUUAAGAAAGGAUUAGAUCUUGGUGAUCUUAAGGCGUACCCGUCCUCCUGGAAUGUGUACAAGGACCAAAAUCCAUCCGAUACUGCAUCAAGAGAAAAGUUGAAUGAGUUGUCUGUACAGUUUGAUGACUUGUUCAAGAAGGCAUGGGAGGAGGAUAUUGAUGCAGAAUAUGAGGAAGAUGGUCAUUCGUCAAAGGACGAGUAUCUGAAGUCGGAUGUUGAUGUUGUGCCAGAAGUUCACUUGUUAAAAGAUGAGUCUCGAAAGUCUGAUUCUGAAGAGAGCAAAAUUGAUAUUCAAGGAAGUGUAUUUGAGACAGAAGUGUCUGUGUUGGAUGAGAUUUUGUCUGUGGAUUCAGGUGGAUUGACAUCAAGAUCUGAUGGAACUGGUGAUGGUGGUGGCCACAAGGAGAAAAAGGGCUGGGCUCUGAGCGGCAAUAGUGAAUGGAUUGCAGAACACUUCUAUCAACUACUUCCUGACACAGCACUUGAUUUUCCUUUUGAAUUGGAUACUUUCCAAAAGGAGGCUAUUUAUUAUUUGGAAAAGGGAGAUUCUGUUUUUGUGGCAGCGCAUACCUCAGCUGGGAAGACAGUUGUGGCAGAAUAUGCUUUUGCUUUGGCAUCGAAACAUUGCACCAGAGCUGUCUAUACUGCUCCUAUUAAAACUAUCAGCAACCAAAAGUAUCGGGAUUUUUGUGGGAAAUUCGAUGUUGGCCUUCUCACUGGCGACGUGAGCUUGAGGCCAGAGGCUAAUUGUCUUAUCAUGACCACUGAAAUACUGAGGUCAAUGCUUUACCGAGGUGCUGAUAUUAUAAGAGACAUUGAAUGGGUAAUAUUUGACGAAGUUCAUUAUGUCAAUGAUGCUGAAAGAGGAGUUGUUUGGGAGGAAGUUAUAAUCAUGCUUCCGAGGCAUGUUAAUAUUGUUCUACUUUCAGCCACGGUACCCAACACAGUUGAAUUUGCAGACUGGAUUGGUAGGACAAAACAAAAGAAAAUUCAAGUUACUGGAACUACAAAAAGACCGGUCCCAUUGGAGCAUUGCCUAUUUUAUUCUGGAGAACUUUACAAAAUAUGUGAGAAUGAAACUUUUAUACCUCAGGGAUUGAGAGUUGCUAAAGAUGCACACAAGAAAAAGAAUACAAGUGCGGUUAGCAGUGGGUCUUUAGCAUUGCGGGAUGGGGCUCAUGGUAAAAAACGUGAAUAUCUCAAUCGUAACAAACAGAAUAAGCAUUUUGGUUCACAAAAUGCUGGAAGCUUCUCUGGGACCAGCUGGGGAAAUCAAAACAAUGGGAAUGGCCAAAACAACUGGGGGUCAAGGAGGUCAGAGGCUUCCUUAUGGUUGCAGCUUGUUAACAAGCUCUCAAAGAAAUCUCUUUUACCUGUAGUCAUAUUUUGUUUCUCAAAGAAUCGGUGUGAUAAAUCAGCUGAUGGUAUGUCAGGGACUGACCUCACUAGCAGUUCUGAGAAAAGUGAGAUCCGUGUAUUUUGUGAUAAAGCCUUUUCACGACUAAAGGGAUCUGACCGGAAUCUACCUCAGAUUGUCAGAGUUCAGAGUCUGCUUAGGAGAGGGAUUGGUGUACAUCAUGCAGGACUGCUUCCAAUUGUUAAGGAAGUGGUUGAAAUGCUUUUCUGUCGUGGUGUCAUUAAGGUACUGUUUUCAACAGAGACAUUUGCUAUGGGGGUGAAUGCCCCUGCUAGAACGGUUGUAUUCGAUACAUUAAGGAAGUUUGAUGGGAAGGAAUUUAGACAAUUGCUUCCUGGAGAAUACACUCAAAUGGCAGGUCGUGCUGGCAGAAGAGGACUUGACAAAAUUGGUACUGUCAUCGUGAUGUGCCGUGAUGAGAUCCCUGAUGAAAGGGAUUUAAAACAUGUUAUAGUUGGAAGUGCUACCAGGCUUGAAUCUCAGUUUCGGUUGACUUAUAUUAUGAUCUUACAUCUCCUCCGUGUCGAGGAAUUGAAGGUAGAGGAUAUGCUGAAAAGAAGCUUUGCUGAGUUCCAUACUCAAAAGAAACUUCCUGAAACUCAACAGGUUUUGAUGCGAAAGCUUGCUCAGCCGACCAAAGCAAUCGAGUGUAUAAAAGGCGAACCAGAUAUUGAAGAAUACUAUGACAUGUUUUUGGAAGCUGAGGAAUAUAGUAAUCAGAUAUCAGAGGCAGUUAUGCAAUCCUCUGCUGCACAACAAUUUCUUACACCUGGAAGAGUUGUGGUUGUAAAGUCACAAUCAGGACAAGACCACUUACUUGGAGUUGUUGUAAAAGGACCAUCUACGAGUAUGAAGCAAUACAUUGUGUUAGUUUUGAAACCUGAUUUGCCAUCAUCAACGCAGAUUUCCAAUUUGCAAGAUAAAAAGAGUGGUGAUAUUCCCAAAGCUUAUUUGCUUAUGCCAAAAUCAAAACGUGGUGAAGAAGAGUACUUCUAUUCUACAGCUUCUCGCAAAGGAUCAGGUGCUGUCAACAUAAAAUUACCAUACCAAGGCACUGCUGCUGGUGUCAAUUAUGAAGUUAGAGGAAUGGACAAUACAGAAUUCUUAUGCAUAUGUGCUAGGAAAUUAAAGAUCGACCAGGUUGGGCUUCUUGAGGAUGUAAGCAAUACAGCUUUCUCUAAGACAGUUCAACAGCUGUCAGAACUGAAAUCUGAUGGAAAUAAGUACCCUCCCGCCUUAGAUCCGCUAACAGAUCUGAAGAUGAAAGAUGUGAAUCUUGUGGAGGCAUACAAAAAAUGGACUAGCCUGUUGCAAAAGAUGGCAAGGAACAAGUGUCAUGGAUGUAUAAAAUUGGAGGAGCACCUGAACUUGGCAAAAGAGAUAAAGAAGCAUAAAGAUGAAAUUGAUAAACUAAGGUUUCAAAUGUCGGAUGAAGCACUACAGCAGAUGCCAGACUUUCAGGGCAGGAUAGAUGUUCUGAAGGAGAUUGGUUGUAUAGAUGCUGACCUUGUUGUUCAAAUUAAAGGCCGGGUUGCUUGUGAGAUGAACUCAGGAGAGGAGUUGAUAUGCACAGAGUGUUUAUUUGAGAAUCAACUUGAUGACCUGGAACCAGAAGAAGCAGUGGCAAUUAUGUCUGCCUUUGUCUUUCAGCAGAGGAACACUUCUGAGCCUUCUUUGACACCCAAGCUGUCCAAAGCUAAGAAGAGAUUGUAUGAUACCGCAAUUAGACUCGGAGAGCUGCAAGUCAAAAACAAACUACAGAUAAACCCUGAGGAGUAUGCACAGGAGAAUCUGAAGUUUGGACUUGUGGAAGUUGUUUAUGAGUGGGCAAAGGGAACUCCAUUUGCGGAUAUCUGUGAGCUUACUGAUGUUCCUGAAGGCUUGAUAGUCCGGACCAUUGUCAGACUGGAUGAGACGUGUCGCGAGUUUAAAAAUGCUGCUUCUAUUAUGGGAAAUUCUUCGCUCUACAAGAAAAUGGAAGCUGCAUCCAAUGCAAUAAAACGCGACAUAGUUUUUGCAGCUAGUUUGUAUAUUACAGGAGUGUGAUUAUUUUAGAGCCGGAACGAAUUCAUGAAUUAACCUACAAUUGUAAAUUAAAGCACAUUCUUGUCUUAUUAGUCAAUUUAUCAUGUUUUUUCUCGUGCA